UCUAAAUCAUAGAUGACUAGAUGAGGGGGUGGUCUAAAUUCUAAUCUAAAUGUCCAUAAAUAAUUUACAAAUAUAUACGAAGUUUUCAACAGAUUAUAUGGACAUCACACAUUUAAUUCUAAUUAAGCCGAUUUGUGAUUUAUGAUAGAGUGUUUUAUCCAUUGAAAGUACCUACAAUAAAUGACUAACCUCAUAGUUAUUUAUGUAUGUUUUUCAAGACCAGAAGUUGAUGGUUGAUGGUAAAAAAUGUUUAUGGUGUAGUUAAAAUUAUCGGUCCUGUACAUAAUUUGUUUAUAGAAGCCUAAAAAAACUACCUUUGACAUGUCUAGUGCCUCCAUAGACAUGCACUAUCUAGGACUAUUAAGGGACGCCUUGGCUAUCCAAACAGUUUUACCCUGGCUUGAAUCUGAGGACAAUAUUAUAGCCUUUUUCAGAACAAUUCCUCAAAAAUACGAAGAUUUUAGAAUACGGCUAGCUCUUCAAUAUUUUAUACAACGCAGGGAUAAAGAGGAGGAAAACUCUGAUCUAAGUAUUGAGCAUGAUGCUCUAGAAAUAUCUGAACUUUUACCCUAUACUGAUAGCAAUCGCAUUAAAAAUCACCUUAAGGAAUUAGGUAAUGUUUCCAACAGAAAAGAAAUUGUAGUAAGACAAUUGAUUAAGGAACAGACUCAUUUAAAUCCACUUAUAAACAAGUUGAUGUCAAAUGUACCAGAAUUCAAAGUCUCAGUAAAUGGAAAUGUGUUUGAAGAAAAUGCACUCUCCGGUAUAAAGAACAAAGGAAAGAGACCAAUCGAAACUCAUGUAUCAGAUAAUACCACCGUGGAGGAAGAAAAAACAGUUCCAUUAAAAAUUGUGAAAGUAGAAACAGUUGGUAUAAACGAAAAAGACCAACUUAGCCCAAUUUAUUCUUCCUCAUCCAGCAGCAGUGUAGAUUUUGAAGAACCACGAAUAAGGGUUCCUUCUGUGAAACGAGUUUCCUUCCACAACUGUGAACAAGAUCUAGCAUUGCGACCGAAAUUUGAACUACCUGCUCGUUUAAUGUUCCAAAACGGUGAAAAAGUAGAAGAACAAUUUCCUUCUGUAUCAGGGCAAUUCAGAGCAGAUUGGAAGAUUGACCUACCCGCUCCUUUAAAUUUUCAGGACCGUGUAGAAAUUCCUUCCGUGUUAGAGAAGCGUGAACCACCUAUUCGUUCAAAUUUUGAAACCCAUGAAGAUGUUCCUUUAUCAUUGAUAUCUGAACAAGCCACUAGUUUAAAUUUUAUGAACCAUCAAAAAGCUACCUCUUUAUCAGUGAAGUCUGAACCAGUUAAACAAGCCACCAGUUUAAAUUUUUUGAACUUUCAAGAAGCUACCUCUUUAUCGGUGAAGUCUGAACCAGCUGAACAAGCCACCAGUUUAAAUUUUAUGAAUUUUCAAGAAGCUACCUCUUUAUCGGCGAAGUCUGAACCGGCUGAACAAGCCACAAGUUCAAAUUUUAUGAACUUUCAAGAAGCUACCUCUUUAUCGGUGAAGUCUGAACCAGCUGAACAAGCCACCAGUUUAAAUUUUAUGAACUAUCAAAAAGCUACAUCUUUACCAGUGAAGUCUGAACCAGCUGCGCAUUCCAAUUUUUCAAACUCUAAAGAAGUUCCUGCAGUACCUCCGCAGUUUAUGGAUUUCAUGUCGCUAGUACCUCAAAAUAAUACCCCUGAAGAUAUUAUGUUAGAACCGGAUCCAAUACCGACAGUGGAUAUUACAUUAGAACCUAGAGACGAACACGUUGAUGAAUCAUUAAUAGUACGAUUAAAAGAAAUUUUUCCACAAGCUUGCCCCGAUUAUCUUCGAAAGUUGUGUCGCGGCAAACAGUGGUCUGAAUUCGAUAAUUUAGUAACUGUGUUAUUAUCAAAUGAGUACCCUCAAAGACCUGAAAGAGUUCCCAGUCCUCCGAAGGAGUUAGAUCUCGAUGAACAAUUAAACAUAGUAAAAGAAUUAUUGCCGGACGCAGACCCGACGUAUCUUAGGUAUAAAUGUGAAAAGAUUGGAAAUGAUGUAGAGGCAUUGAAUGCCUUUAUAAACGAAGCAAGAGAACUAAAGAACUAUCCAACUUUGAAAGAGUAUUUAAGAAAACAAAAGUUCACGGCACAAAUAAAGCAAUAUACAGAAGAAUUUAAUGUGGAAAAUUUUGUAGCAUUGUUUCCAAAUCCAGAGCAGACCUUUAAUGAUCCAAAUAGAACUAUUGAUGUGGAUUAUCGUUCUGAACCGUACGUCACUUAUUUCUUUCAAAGUAGGUAUGACAGAAUAUCUGUAAAGAUUAUACGGUCUGUACUAGCACAAACUAAAUUUAAUAUCCUAGCUUCCGACAAAAUAUUACAAUCUAAAUGUAAAACAGGCGAGGUGAUGAAGUCACGUAGAAAAAUGUAUCGUCAUGAAAGUCCUCCUCAAAAUAUUCUUCUCUUGCAAAACCUGGCUUAUUUAACUCACAAAGAGGAAAUAGAGCAGUACAUUAAAGAAGCAAAAGGAAAGGAAGAAGCUGAACGCAAAAAUGCCAAAGAGAACGGUUUAAUGAAUGAAUGUAAGUGCUGUUAUGACAAUGAAGUCAUGCCUAAAGAUUCAUUUAAUUGUCCAAAUGGCUGUGUUUUUUGUAAGAGCUGUAUCAAAAAGAGUUGUGAAAUAUCUAUGGGAGAGGCUAAGACUGAAAUUAUGUGUUUGAAUGGUUGUCCAAUAGAAUUUACUCUACAUACGCUACAGUUGGUACUUUCGCCAAAAUUAUUUUCAAAAUUAGCACAAAAGAAAGCAUUAGCUGAAGUCAGAGCAGCAGGUAUCGAUGAGCUCGAGUCAUGUCCAUUCUGUGACUUCGCGAGUAUCCCGAACACUGAAGAUAAAAUUUUCCGUUGCCUCAAUCCUGAUUGCAUGAAGGAGUCCUGUAGAUUAUGCAAAGAAGAAAACCACGUGCCUUAUAAGUGUGAUGAAGUUGAAAAGGAUGAUGACGUUAAAGCUCGCGUUUAUGUCGAAAAUAAAAUGACAGAAGCCUUGCUACGCAAAUGUUACAAAUGUGCCAAGAGUUUCUUCAAAGAGGAAGGUUGCAAUAAGAUGACUUGCGUCUGUGGAGCGACAAUGUGUUAUGUAUGUAAACAACCAGUCAAAGAUUAUAAACAUUUCAAUGGUUUGGGAGGAGAUAAAUUUGAACUGUGUCCAUUAUACAGUGAUUCCAAUGAAAUCAAUCGGAGUAAUGUUCUCAAGGCUGCCGAAGCUGCAAAAUCUAAAGUUGAUCCAAACAAACUAAAGAUAGAUCCUACCCUGGAUAUUAAAAAACACUAUGAACAAAGAAAGAAAGCACUUCCCGCUGAACCUCAUCUUAGGUACGUUGGACAAGUAAUAAACGAUGUGCCUCCCAUAGUGGAAUUAGUACACAUUCUGGAACAUCACGGACGUAGAUUGCAACAAGUACAGCGAAAUCAUCAUAGACAUCCUCCUAGACAGCAAUAAACCUCCCUUAUUAUAAUUUUUUUAUUACCGAAGUCCUGAGAACUCCAUUACUGAUACACUUCUAACUACUCAUCCCAAGUGAAGUUUGUUGCACUUUUUGUAUCAUUUCUACAUUUUAAUCUGUUUAUCUGUUUUUCAAGUUUACAUUCCAUUUUUUGCAGUGCUCUAUCGGAAUUAUUGAUUGUUGUGGAUUUUUUUAUUUAACUGUACUGGUUGAUCGAUUGGGUUGAUAUUUUGUUGGAAGAUUCCAUUUUUAAAUAUAUGAUGUUUGGCCAAAAUGUGUCCUACCUUCGUUUAUACUCCGCAGUGUUUUAUACCCCUGGUCAAAAACAUCUGGACACUUGCCUUUUGUAUGUUUCUUUAAAUUCUGUAGGUGUUAAGUGGGGAGGAAGUAAACAUUGAUAAUAGAAAUCGUUUAGAAAAAUAUUAACCUUUUUCGAAAAAUUAAAUAAAAGAAAACAUAAAAUUUUACAGUUGGCUAUUCUUUAGGUUUAGUACCGGCUAUUGCCUCUCCUACAUCUGCGGAGGAUUUCAAUGUGACUAGGCAUACUAGCAAUAAGUUGCUGAAUCUGUUGUAGCUGUAUAUGUUGCCAUUCUUCAUGCAACGCUAUUUUUCUGGCAAUGGUUACCUUUUUUUUAAGCUUUUUCCCUAAAAUGUCCAAUAAAUGUCUAAUGAAUUCAUGUUAGGACUACAAGCGGGACAAUCCAAAACGGGAAUUCCGACAGUAUUGUGACGAUAAUAUAAUUUUAUCGUCCAGAGUACUCCAAUGAAUUAAGUAAAACGUGUUUUUGUACCGUCUUGGACGAUAUAAAGGUCGGAUCGAAAAGCCUAGUUGAUUGUUAUUCUUGUAGCGUUGAUCGAAGAAUAAUAAACAACAGCGAGGUAUAAGAGGUGAGUUUAUGUAGGUAGUAUUUCCCGACCAUUUUCCGCUGUCGUUUUGGCGAGCUGGGCGAAUCCGACAGUUUUCCUCCUACCUAUCAUUAUACGAGCGGUGAUCGUAUAUCCCUAAUAUGUCUUUUCAUCUGGCGAGCUGAGCGAGAUUCCCUUCCCUUUCCUUAAACAUUCAUGUAUUAAUAAAAGCAAUUCCUAUUUCACGCGAUCGUCAAAAUCAUUCAUUCAUGUACAAAAUAUCGUUACAUCGCAUCGGCCCGAACAGAAAGCUCGAUGCGUAGAUUAUAAAUAUAUUUUAUUAACGAAAUUAACGAGUAAUUAAGGCUAAUUAUCUUAUCUUUUGUAUGUUUUGAUUCCAAAUAAAAAUGUCUUAAAAAGCGAACACUUUUCUUCGACUGAUUUAGUUACCUGCAGCAACAACGCAACGACCGCGUUACAUUGCAUCUACUGCAGAAAAGUAUCGGCGUUGAACGGCAUGUAUUACGGUUGUGCCCCUCUUUCCACAUUUCCAGCAGCAUGUUCGUCUAUCGAAGUUGAAUAGUUUGUUUCUUGAUGUUUCCUGGGACAUUCUAUUAAAACGGGAGCUUCUUUUUUGUGAAGUGUUGUCUACCUCUAUUUUACUUAUGCCACUUUGAAUCGUUUCGUAUUCUUCAGUCUGGCGCAUAAGGUAUUUUUCCUUGAUGGAUAAUUUGUAAUUUGGGUGCAUGUUUUUGUAAAUUCUUUUAAUUUCUUGUGUUUUGUCCAUUUUGCCGUACCUUCUGAUUAGCGUUUGAAGCUCUAAUAGAAAAUCUUUAAACCGUUCGUUUGUUUUCUGCGUUCUCGUUCUGAUUUGGUCUUCCAAAUCGUCUAACCAGUUUGCUGAUUUAAAAGCAAGGUUGAAAUCCUCCGUAAAAUUGUUCCAGUUUUCUCAGGAGUCGACGUUGUUUCGGAACCAUAGUAUCGCUUUUCCCCUAAAUACUUCUGGUAGUGCUUUCAAUAAAGCAUCGUCUCGAAUCCGGUAAUAGCUUUUUAGUUCGUAUAGCCUCUCCAAAAAUUCUGUGGGGUCUUUGGAUCCGUCAAAAUGUAAGCCCCAUUUUCUAACUGUGUCCAUUAUUUGACUAUGUUUAUUUUCCGUUUGUGUAUCGUCUGUUUGAGGAUCCUUAGUUUCGAUAUUGGUAACUGUGCCGGUCUUUUUUGAGCGUAAGUGUAAGACCAUUCUUGAUCGAAGACCGUCUAAUUUACCUGUCGUAUCUAAGUUAAAUUCUGCCAAAACAUGACUUAAUUCCUCUUUCUUUAAUUUAUAUACCCAGCCUAUCGUCUCAUCCGCUAUUUCUAAGCCUAACGUACUUUCUGAUUCCGCCAUAUUUAUAAUAUAUUUAUUUAAAUGUCUUAAACCCUGUUAAAAUAGAUUGCGUUGUUGUUCCAGGUAACUAAAUCAGUCAAAGAAAAGAGUUCGCUUUUUAAGACAUUUUAUUUGGAAUCAAAACAUACAAAAGAUAAGAUAAUUAGCCUUAAUUACUCGUUAAUUUCGUUAAUAAAAUAUAUUUAUAGUCUACGCAUCGAGCUUUCUGUUCGGGCCGAUGUGACGAUAUUUUGUACAUGAAUGAAUGCUUUUGACGAUCGUGUGAAAUAGGAAUUGCUUUUAUUAAUACGACAUGAAUGUAUAAGGAAAGGGAAGAAAGGGAAUCUCGCCAGAUGAAAAGACAUAUUAGGGAUAUACGAUCACCGCUCGUAUAAGGAUAGGUAAAAGGAUAGAUAAGAGGAAAACUGUCGGAUUCGCUCAGCUCGCCAAAACGACAGCGGAAAAUGGUCGGGAAAUACUACCUACAUAAACUCACCUCUUAUACCUCGCUGUUGUUUAUUAUUCUUCGAUCAACGUUCCAAGAAUAAUAAUCAACUAGGCUUUUCGAUCCGACCUUUAUAUCGUCCAAGACGGUACAAAAACACGUUUUACUUAAUUCAUUGGCGUACUCUAGACGAUAACAUUAUAUUAUCGUCACAGUAUUUAAGUAGACAUGGAUUCGCGCAGUAUGUGGACGUGCAUUAUCCUGCAUAAAUAAGAAAUUAUCUCCCAAAAAAUGGGGCAUAUUGGACAACAUUCUCCUUCAGGAACUGCCGUAUGUUUCUUUCUGCUGUUAAAGUUCCAUGUUUAGUGAAAACUAAUUCUGUGCGUCCGUUGAAAGUAAUCUCUAUCUAUCUAUCAGCGAGGUUCCUACAGCCUCUGCCGCUUCUCGCAUUUCGACCGCCAUCGUUUUCUGUCCAUCCAUUCGUCUUCUUUGAUGGCUCUAUCUUUCAUGAUGUGCCGUACAUUUUCUUCCCAGGCAACUGAAGGUCUUCCCCUUCUUCUUCUUUGGUGUGGUAUGUAAUUUAAAGCUUUCUUUGGCCAUCUAUCUUCAUUCAAUGAAAGUAAUACCCGCGUAUAUCAUAACACCUCCGCCACCAAAUGACGCUCUAAGUGAAAUAAAGCAAGAAGCAAAUCGUUUUCCGGGCCUUCUCCAUACACGUUCGUGUCCGUCUGGAUAUCGUAAGCAAAACUGAACUCAUCAGAAAACAUUACAGCACUCCAUUACUGAAGAGUCCAGUCUCUGUGAUGAUUUGUAAAUUUCAUCCUGUUACCUCGAUGAGCUACUGUUAAUUUAGGGCAUGCUACUGACUUAUGCGAACUUGAACCACUUUCACGCAGGACUCUUCUUACAGUUCGUGCAGAAAUAUGAGUUCCCGAGCUUCUAACAAACGACUAGCGAGAGCAUUUGACGUUAAAGAGCGGUUCCAUAAUGCGGAAAUCUUAAAAAAAAAACGUUCAUCACGCUGAUCCCUGCACCUUUUCCUGCCUGAUCCUCAUAUUCUAAUGUAUUCUCCAGUUUGACGAUACUUAAUAAGAGCAUUAUAAACGGUAGGUACUUUUAGCCAUAUUCAAAUGAUUUACAAUUUAACGUAUACUGCAGCCAUCUUAAUGCAGUACUACAACUUUUGCAUUAUAUUAUACCAACAUUAUUUGAAAACAUUAGUGAACAGUAAUUCGAAUUUAUCAGAAUAAACGUGAAACUUAUCGUAAAUGCAAUAAAAAAUUCAAAAAGCAGUUUUUUGAAAAAAUGUCAAAAUUUUGUUUGUGGUGCCGCGAUCAUUUAAAAACCGUUUUUAUAAUUAUGAAUGAACGACUCUAUGUAUUAAUGUUUACUUGCUCCCCAUUAAAACGACUACACACUGAGAAAAAUUUAACAAAACACAAAAUGGAAGUGUCCGGAUUGUUUUGACCAGCAGUGUAUUAUUGUGUAGCUCGUGGUGUUCUUCGAAAUAAUUUCCAUUUUACUUACAAUAAAUAAUCUUUCUUUUAUGCUUGUCAUUAAAGCAGUUUUGUAAUGGCCUUCAGUGAUACCGUCGCCUCUGUCUGAAUAAUUUUUAUCUCGUUGAAACGUGGCCUUUUAGGUGCAAUUUUUAGUUUUAGAAACACGAAAAAGUCGUAGGAUGUUAUGUUGGAACUGUACAGAGUUGUGUAACCUUGAAUUUUGACAAAAACUGUGGCGCAAACUUUGGUGCUGAGGAAUAAUUGUCUUCAUAAAAAGAAACUAAUCAGCGCUCGCCCAAAAAUUGGUCGUUUUCUUCUCGCUGCAUUACACUCUCAUUUAUAACUUUAAGGUAAAUAUGCUAGAAUGGAAGCUCCCAUUUUAAAUACUGUUGUUUUGUUAUGGGAUACUCGUAAACCCACGAUUUCUUCCUGUUAACCUUCAUAAACCCGUGGUCAAAAACUUACAUUAAACGUACCCCAACAUUUUUUGGCUUAUUAUUAUUUUUUAAUGCCACAAUUUGGGGAAUAUUAGAAAUAAAACACAUUCUGCUAAAGAAAAUAUAUUUUUACAUAAAAAAGUUGUUAAUAUUGAUAAAUUAAAUUAAAUCUUAGCCCAACUACAACAAAAACAUUAUUCUCGUAUUCAAGCGAUUUUUUUCUAAUCUGGAUUAUUCAACAUCCAAAGUUUAUAGGCUUUGAUGCCAUCAAUGUCCAACAGCCAACAGAUGAAAAAAUAUUACCAUCGGCGACCGAUUACUUUUUAUGUCGUGAAUUCCUUCGGUAAUUUUUCUCUUUUGCUCACUGCACCCUUUGUCUUAUUGUAUUGUAAAAUAAUGUCAGGUUUUUAUUAGUUUCUUCUCCACUUAUUUUGUCAUCGUUAUGUUCAGUCGAUAAAAGAAUAACUACAGCAUUUUUUUGCACAUAGGAAAAUUAGGAAGUAGACAAUUCCCAUUGGUGAUGGCCGAUAUCCGGCAAGUUCAUUAAUCGUUAUUACUUAAACUUGUUCCCACAGAGGGCGCUGAAAUCUUUUGGCUUUUUUUGAAGUUAUGAAAGAAGAUUUGAUACUUUUGAGAAUCAUUUCUACGUGAAUAUCACCCAAAUUGGUCAUUAAUAAUUAUGUUUUUUUAAUUUAUAAAUUUCUUUAUUCAUAUCAGUAUUUUUAUUUAUCUAUUUUUAUUUUAGUUUUACAGCUCUGAAAACUUUUGUCACAGGCUGAACAAAAUAUUAUAAUUAAAAAAGAUAAAAGAAAAAUAAAUUCGUUAAAUGCACGGGAAUAUCCAAAAACAUGUUAAAUUACAAACACAAUUUUUGGCUACGAUAAUUCAGGCUAAAUUCAAAUUUCGAAGAAUAUUAUGUUUCCACAAUACAUAUUGAUGAAUAAUGUAGUAGGGGUAUAAUUUUAAGAUUUGAAUCAAUUAUAUGUAUUACUUCAUUCAUGUUUUUGAGACUAAUAUACUUUUUAAAGCUGUCAUCUCUUACUACGGCAAUUACUAAAAUAUUAUUAAUUAAUUUCCACCAAUUUUUUCAAAUUAAUAUUCCAAGAAACAUUUUUCAUGUCUCUAAAAAGGUCUUUGUUGUAUUUUUUAUAGGAAAAUUGCCAAUAUUUGAAAUUUUUAUUGAUAUGUACUGAUUAGUUAGUCCUGUCCGUUGGAUUUUUCACGUCAUCAUUCACUUUAUGGGAACUAAAUUGUUAAUAUUAUAAGUAUAAGUCAAAUGUAUUAUAUUAAUGGAUGAAUUCUUAGCCAAGAGAAUUGGCUAGAAACGCAAGAGUCCCAAGGAGGGAAGGCAUUAGAGAGAGAGAAUGGAUGAAUUAAGAAAUGGUCAUGUGACCAGUUAACGAUUUUGAAGUUUUUUGUCAAUUUAUUUUUGAAUGUUGAAAACUUGGUUUAAUAACCUACCAAGGUGAUUUCGAAAUUAUUGCAAAAAUACCGGGUUUUUUUUUUCAAAUUUAUUUAAAAUAUUUUUCAGAUUGAGCAAUAAAUAAGUACUCAUCGCUGUGUAUUAACAAAUUUCAUUUUGCUAUCAGAUCAAUUUUACUAUGAGAUAAAAUUGGCAUUUUUCAAAUCGUGUUUGUUUUUCAAAACCUGGACAUUUGUAGUAAAUCGUAUUCGUUAUCAAAUUAAAGAUCAAAUUUUGCUUUUCUGAAAGCCAUCUCUAGAUACUUAAGGCGCAAUAUUAAUUUGACAACAAUAUAAUUAAAUACUGUAUACGUAUUUAAACUGGAUCACAAUCAACCAAAAAAAACUUUUAAUAUUUAGUAUAAACUUGACGCAGUUGUUUCAAAUAAAUUUAUAGGCAGCUGACUGGUUUUGAAUCAUCAACGACAGCUAUUGUCUAUGCUACACAUAUUUCUUUUCUUGUUGCGUCUACUUGUUGCAUGUGUCUGCUAUGACUGGUAUUGUAAUAGUUUUAAGUAUUUUUCUUCUGGUGGCUUAUGUCCUAAAAUUAUCGAGUUUUUUCUUAUUGGUUAUCUCUGUUUUGUGUCCCCAUGUUUUGAUCUGAAACAUCUAAUGUGGCCGGUUAGACCAGCUAUUGCAGUGGCGACCAACGAUAUAGCGUAUACGGUGUUGUGGUUAUUUUAGUUAUCAAUAACUAAUUACUACAGUUAUAUCGUUAGAGAUCAAAUAUUUCUACUACUGAAGUACAGUGCACAGAUUUUAAAGCUUUAGGUGGCUGUGGUACAUUACUUUCACUUAUAGUAUACAGUGCGUCUAAAAUUUCUUACGCCCAACUAAUUUCUUAAUUAUAUAAUUUAAAUUAAUAAAUCUUUAGUAACAACUACUUCGCCUUUGCUACAAUUUUGGUAAGAUAAAUGUUCUCAGAGCUGUAAAUCUUAAUUUUUUUGUUUGCAAUAUUUGCAAGGCCUUUGGUUAUUAAUAUAUGCGGAAUCGGAGGCCUUUUUCAGUUUUUACUGUAGCUUUAUUUAUGUUAUCAAAUAUUUUUCCUUUUUUUUUCAGAUAAGUACCUAUUGCCCGCUUGACUUAAAACAUAACAUUGCAAGUCAAGUUUCUACUCCCUAAAGUACAGCUGUAUGGAAUCAAGUUUGUACUUAUUAUAAUCAGAAGUAUCAUCAACAAAACAAGCUGUAGACUUCAGUAAAAACUCUGUCUGAUCCAUACAAAAAUAAUUUUUAUGUUCGUUAUGAUCUUUAUAUCUUCCAAUAUCAAUGUUUUCCUAUUGUUAACUAUUUUGUCCUUGUCGUCGUACACUUAAUCCACCCAUACUAUUCGGUUCAAUAUGUUAUUGCUUUUAAAGUAUGUUCCAGCAUUAUAUUGUCCUAUUAUUCCCCAUAUUCUGAUUAUUCUCAUUCUUAGUUUUCAUUUAACCCUAUUGUCAUGGGUUAUCAAAAUUCUUGUCUCUUCGAUUUGGUCAUACUAUUUUUAUCUUAUUUAGCGAUGUAAUAAAUAAUACCUUUAUUUUUCUAGUAUUUUAUUUUUCUGUGCGCUUAUUACUGCUUUGAUUGUCUACAGGAUUGUGCGAGUUAAUGUGAAGACCAGUCAUAAUUUGAAAUAAACAACAUUCAUUAGUUAUAGACGAAGGCAAAGUAAUACAAUUUAAUUAGUUUUAAUAGGAAAUAUGCCCUCUGUUGACGUGUAUAAUUUCUUGAACGUGUUUUUGGCAUAUAAUUAAACAUUUAUUUCACGUAACAGUUCUUUUGAUAUUUGCGGAUAUAGAUUGUAGAUCUCUGAAAUACAGUGACAUUGUCAGUUUUGUUUUUGUUGUGCAAUAUAUUUUACAAUGUCUGGCUUUUACAAUUACCCACAUCUUUUCAAUCUAUAUAAAAGUUUUCUUUGUCUUACACCAGGUCUUCAGGUCUUGUUACACCCUGUAUAAUGUCUUGGUUAUUCAGGGUGUAACAAAAAGGCGGGUCAUAAAUUAAAUCACAUAUUCUGGGACCAAAAAUUAAUACAUAGUUCGAUUGCACCUAACUAACCUUAGUUUAAAUGUGUAUAUAAAAAAGUUACAGCUCUUUGAAGUUACAAAAUGAAAAUAGAUUUUUUCCAAUAUUUCGAAAACUAUUAGAGAUUUUUUAUUGAAAAGGACACGUGACAUUCUUAUGGAAGGAACAUCUUAAAAAAAAUAACAGUGAAAUUUGUGCACCCUUUAAAAAAUUUAUGAGAGUUUUCUCCCUCAACCCACCAAUUAUUUGUGUACGUUCUAAUUAAAUUAUUAUUGAGAUACCAUUAGUUAAACACAAUGUUUUUGCCUCUUAGUACUUUUUCGAUAAACCAGUUAACCAUUAUAGAGACCUGGUAAUAAUACUAUGAAAAUAAUGUUCUAUAAUUUUACAUAACCAUUUAAAAAUAUAUGGUGGAUUUUACAAAUCUUCAAAAUAUCUCGAUAAAAACUGGUUUAUCGAAAAAGUACUAAGAGCCAAAACAGUUUUAAAAACAUUGUGUUUAACUAAUGGUACCACAAUAAUAUUUGGGAGUUUUUAGGGAACAAAACACCCAUAAAUUUCACUAUAAUUUUUUUAAGAUGUUCCUGCCAUAAGAAUGCCACAUGUCCAUUUUCAAUAAAAAAUCUCUAAUAGUUUUCGAUAUGUUAAAUAAAACGAUUUAUUUUGUUACUUCAAAGGGCUGUAACUUUUUUUAUGUGCACAUUUGUACCAUGGUAAGUUAGGUUCAAUCGAACUAGUUUUGGUCCCAGAAUCUGUGAUUUAAUUUAUGUCCUGCCUUUUUGUUACACCCUGUAUUAUUAUGGGCAUAUAACAUGCAGCCGAAUCUUGUUAAGACUUGGCAUUAGCAUCAAAUUCAUACCUUCAAUUGGCACAAGGGAUCAAUAUUCUUAUAAAAAAAUAUCUUCAACGGUUGUUUAAUUAUUAGACCAAUAUGAGCGGUCGUAAGUUUUCGUUGUUAGUGACUCAAAAA